UGCUCCCUCCACGAUAACACGUGUUUCCUGACCAUGCGUCUUUCCGAAUACGCAGACGUACGCAGAGAUUCAGCAAUGGCGUCCGAUGGUGGCUCUUCGUUGCAGAUGCUACCUUGUGCUUUCUCUCCCAAAUCACAUCAAUACCUGGCACUGUGUGCACAGGAUGGUCGAUUGCGUAUUUGGAAUACAGACAGCAAAACCCUUCACCAGGAAUAUGUGCCUUCUGCCCACUUGAGUGCCACUUGUACCUGCAUAGCUUGGGGACCAUGCCGAACAGCUAAGGAGGGGCCUCAGAGGAAAAAGAGGAAAUCGGAAGCUGGCCAGUUGACUGAGGCACCAGACCUGGUGGCACUGGGCACGGCAGCAGGCAGCAUCCUUAUCUACAGCACAGUCAAAGGCGCCCUGCAGUGUACACUGGAUGGGGGCCACACUGGAGCUGUGAAUACUGUACAGUGGCACCCGGAGGAGAAUGUGCUCUACAGUGGCUCAGAUGACACACACAUUGCGGAGUGGGACCUACAGACAGGCAAACUGCGCUGUAAGUGGAAGGCGGAUCGGACAGCGGUGACAAGUCUGUGUGUGAGUCCCAAUGGGAAGCUCCUUCUCUCAGGUGGAAUGACCAUCAAGAUGUGGGACUUGGAGACCAAGGAGGUGUACAGGAAGUUCACAGGUCACUCCACCAUGGUGACGACCCUCUGCUUCGCUACGACACGGCCACCGGACAGCGAGGGAAUGUACUUCCUCUCUGGGGCAGCUCACGAUCGACUCCUUAGUGUGUGGCAAGUGCGGUCGGAUGGGAAGGAUAAGAACUCGGUGGUGUCAUUCACAUUGACAGAUGAGCCACAGCACAUUGACCUCCUCAAGUCAGACAGCAAAGAGGAGGCGGUACGGUUAGCCGUGGUGUGUAAGGAUGGACAGCUACAUCUUUUCGAGCACUUUCUCAAUGGUCCCUGUAAGAAGCCCCUCUCUCCGGCCUGCUCAGUGCAGGUGUCUAGUGUGGGUGGUAAGUCCAGUGAGGAUGACACUCCAGUGCCCGUGCCCCUGCUGGCUGCGGCGCUCAACACAGACAAGCAGAGCCUGACGCUGGCCUACGGCAACCACCUUCAGCCAGUCAUGGAGAGAGCGCCUGUGAACACAUCUGAGAGGCAUGUAUGUCUAGUACGGGACUUGAAGACAACACUGCAACUCUCCAUAGACUCAUCUGUCUCCAGGGUGAAAACCCCAAUAGUGAAUGAGAAAAGUAAGGUGUUGGCUCCUGGUUUACCGGGACACCAGGCACCACCCAAAGCAGCUGUUCAGAGCAGCCACCCAGAGAAGAGGAAGAAGGGUGCUCGAACUGAGAUGUCAAUAGAGGAGCGACUUGAGCAGGUGGAGCUGUCUGCUAUAGGAAAGGGAGGGGAGAAGGGCGUCUCCACCCUGCAAACGGAUAGCUACGCUGUGCUGCUGGUUCAAGGACUGGAGAGCAAAGACAAAAACAUCCUUAAUAGAAUAUUCCAAACUCGUAAAGAAACAAUGAUCAGGAAUACGGUUUCCCGAGUACCCCUCCCAGCAAUCUUACCAUUAUUGGAGGAGCUUUCAAUAAGACUGCAAGGACAUCCCAGCUCAGCUCACACAGCAGUGGAUUGGCUAAAAGCAGUGUUGACGCUACACACAUCUUACCUAUCAUCAUUACCAGAUUUAGUGAGCCAACUGGGCAGGCUGUAUCAUCUGAUUGAGAGCAGAGUGAAGGGCUACCAACAGCUCAUGAGGCUCCACGGAAAACUAUAUUUACUAAUGACCCAGGCGGCGCAAAGAAGCAGCGCCACUAAGGCGAGUGAGCUGGACCACACGGCCAAACUUGUAUAUGAGGAUGAGUCCUCUGAUGAAGACGAGGCCUCAGGAGAUGAAGGACUGCCUGGGGACGAAUCAGAGAACUGGGAGGAGGAUGAUGAUGAGGAGGAUAUGGAGACGGAGGAGAAGCAGAAUCAUGCGGAUGAGGAGAUGCAGGAGGACUCGAAAGCCAACGGGGAGGACGAGUCAGACUUGGAGCCUGAAAACGAGAGUGAAGAGGAAUGAAUGAUCCCGAAUGAGUGACGGACCGGAAUGAGCUGAAAGAAACAAAGGAACAGAAAAGGACCUGACAAAAGAUUUAUGUAUGCUUUCAUCUAAUUUCCAUGUUUUCAAUUUUAUUUUAACAGAAGAAACAAAAAAAGUUUUAUAUAAUUUCAAUGACGGCAACAACGGCUCAUUCCCCCACGCUUUCGUUCCCCCGGCCCCACCCAAACGUUUUUUGUGUGUGUCUCACUUCCCUAUUAUGACUUGAAGGAGAACGCUUCCUCUUAGGAUCUGAUGUCACAACACCUAUCCCACAGGACUGUCUGUACCUGUACCCAUUAUGCCACCAUUCCCUGCUCUCUCUCUCCCCUUUCCUCCUUUACACACUGCCCAAAUACUCUGUCUUUUCCUGGGGAUCUGCAUAAAGCUUCCAUGUAAAGAAGAAAUCCUGCACUCGCGAACAGUGAUGGGAAACAUGGAAUCAGAAGAUAUAGUCCUGUGCCAUGUUUUCCAAGUGACUUGAGUUUACCGCUCUUGUUGCGUUAGAAGUGGGGCAUUUGGACCGGUAACGCCAGGUCAUUUGAAAAAUGUGACACUGGAUUGUGGAUUGUGAAUCCAGCCAGUUUCCCCAUCACUGCUCGCAAGGGCCAUUUGGAGGUGUAUGAUUGUCUGUAUGUCCACAUGCAAUCUGUAAAAUUGAUGUGUACAGUGCAACAUUUCUAAUGGGGGUUUCCCUGUGCUUAUUAUAACAGUUUGGGAUUUGGGAUUAAAAAACAAGUUCUUUGAAACCAUGUUCGACAACCAUGUCCUCUUUUUAUUCUUUUCUUCUGUUUGUGUUGUUUUUUUUUUCCCCUCCUUGACUUGGGCCGUGGAUGCUGGACUUUGUCUCCGUAAUGAAAUGUGACAUAUGGACUGCUUUUUCAUAGAUGGAGAUAUUAAUAGUAUUCAAUGAAAAAGGUUGGAAAUUCUGUGAAUUAUUGGUUCCUUCAAAUGUAUUUUGAGGUGACCCCUGACCAUUGUAAAAUUUAAAUAAAUUGCUUUGUCCUUCUUUUGCUGGUA